UCGCGUGUUGAUUGGAGGGUUCGGCCGUCGGUCACGGGAGGGGGCGGGAGGCGACGGGGAAAGUCCGCUCUCGGGUGGGGGUUCCAGCGAUGGCGGCCGCGCAGCGGGAGGAUGACAUGGAAAGAAGGCGCGUAAAAGAGAGCGCCCGGCGGCGCCUGAGGGAGUUCGAUGUUGGGGACAGGUUCUCCCGCCUGCCGCUGCCCAAAGCCUCCGUCCUCCUGCCGCUGACGGUGCGGGCGGGGAAGCUGCACUUGCUGCUCACGGUGCGGGCCAUGCAGCUGAGAAGAUCACCAGGGGAAGUGUGUUUUCCAGGCGGUAAAAGGGAAGCCAUCGAUAAAGAUGAAAUUGAUACUGCCCUCCGAGAAGCCAAAGAAGAAGUGGGACUCCAGCCAGAGAAGGUGGAAGUCGUCUGUAGGCUUGUGCCUGGAAUUGAUAAAAUGAAUCAUGUGGUAACACCAGUUGUAGGAUUUAUAGAGGAUACGUUCCAGGCCACUCCUAAUCCGGAUGAAGUGAGUGAUGUUUUUGUUGUGCCACUGGAGUAUUUUGUCAAGCCUUUAAAUUACAAGACCUUGCCUUACAAAACCUCAUCUGGUUACUCAGGUUGGAUGCACUGUUUUAUAUAUGAUGACCAUGAACGUAAAAUGUCAUUCAAGAUAUGGGGACUUACUGCACACUUUGCUGUAUUUCUUGCUCUUGUAAUUUUUGGAAAGCAUCCUACCUUCAAAGUUGAGUAUGAUCUUGACAACUUAAUUUCAUCCGCUGAGACUAACUUCAUGAAUUUAUAUGCAUCCAUAUAUGAAAGAAAGAAGAGUAAUCUAUGACAAACUGGUCUGACAAUUAAUGUGUACUGAAGGUGGAAAAAGGGUUUUGUUUAUUCCCUUUCUACCUAUUACUUGUUUGAAUUUUACACUUGAAUUUCUUCUGAAUUGCAAAUCUAUUAAAAUUUAUUUUUAAAUAAUAUUUUCAAGCUGACAAGCCCUUACUAGGUUAAUACAAUUUUUAGAGCUGCCAAAAGCACAUAGUAUUUUUGAUGGACUUAAUUCACUGUUCCAAUUUCUGCCUUCAUUUAUGUGAUCUAGGACACUUUCUGUGGUUUGCCUUCUGUAUAAUGAGAAUACUAUUUUAUCUAACUUUUGUCUGUUUGAAUUAGAACAUGAAAAGUUUUGGGGGUCUGUCUUACUGUGUGGCGUACUACAUAUGGAUAACAUAAGGCAUACAGUCUUGUGGAGUAUCUUAAAGCACUUACAAAAUGCACAAUAAAAAUAUAAAAGGUG